AUGCAUCAACCCGCCAUGAUCGCCUGGCUGACGAUUUUAUCACUUUUUUGCGUUCGAGUGAUCGCGGAAUGUCCCGACCUCCCUUCUCUCUCCGAGUUUAACAUCACGUCCACACUUCCUGAUCCGUUCUCCUGGUACCCUGUAUCCAAAGCCGACCGCGUAGCAACAAAGGCAGACUGGGAGUGUCGUCAACAACACAUCAGCAGCCUCCUUCAACAGCUCGAGCUCGGCACUAAACCCCCUACCCCAUCCGACAUCAGCGCAUCAUUCUCGCAAAACAAGCUCUCCAUUACAGUUUCUGAGGGGGCGAAACAGAUCGCUUUCGAUGUUUCGAUCGGUUAUCCCUCUGGUGGUGGCGAUGGUCCUUUUCCAGCGAUGAUCGCCUACGGGGGACUUAGUCUUCCUCUCCCGUCGGGUGUUGCUACUAUCACGUUCGACAAUGGGGCUAUCGCUCAGCAAACUGAUCAGAGUGGUCGCAGGAAAGGCCUCUUCUAUAAUCUCUAUGGUAGUGAUCAUAGUGCCGGCGCAAUGAUGGCGUGGGCAUGGGGCGUCUCUAUAAUUCUUGAUGCGUUGGAAUCUACCCCGUCUGCUAAGAUCGAUCCUGCGAAGGUUGGCGUCACUGGGUGUUCGCGAAACGGCAAAGGCGCUCUCGUGGCGGGCGCAUUCGAUUCCCGUGUCGCUUUGACUGUCCCGCAGGAGUCAGGGACCGGUGGAUCUGGUUGCUGGCGUCUCUGCGAGGCUGAAGACGCCGGGUCGGGGAAUGUGCAGACGGCUGGGCAGAUCGUGCAGGAGAACGUCUGGUUCUCGACGGCGUUUAACUCCUAUGUUGAUCAGGUCGAUCAUCUCCCGUUUGAUCAUCAUAUGUUGGCUGGACUGAUUGCCCCGCGAGCGCUCUUGUCGAUCGAUAAUGUGGGCUAUGAGUGGCUGGGCCCGUGGUCUUCGUUGGGGUGCAUGAGUACGGCGAGACUGGUGUGGGAUGCGCUUGGAGUGUCGGAUCAUAUGGGGUAUUCGUUGUCGACGGAUCACUCGCACUGUUCGUUUCCUGAUGAACAGAAAGGGGAUUUGGAUGUCUAUGUGAGGCGGUUCCUAUUGGGGGAGGACGUGAACACGUCGGUGCAGAAGAACUAUCCUGGGGUGGAGUUUGAUCGCAAGGAAUGGGUCAAAUGGGAUGUGCCUGUGUUGCAGUAG